CCCCGCCACAUUUUAAAAAACACAAUUCACUGGUUAUUAACAUUUCUCUCUCAUAAGUCUUUCUCUCUCUUAAUAUUACACUCUCUUCCAGCUGGGGUGAAGUAUCUUGAAGCACAGAGCUUCAUCUCACUUGUUUAUGCAACUACACUGUUUCUCUCUCUUUCUGCUGUACACAGUUGUUUCUGCAACAACUAGUUUAGACUGUAACAUUUGGAAGCAAAAAACCUGGCCUUUCUGGCAAAUUAAUGGCAGUCUCCAGCAAAAUUCCCCUUUCUCCUUCUGGUUUACGGAAUCCUAAUUCCACAUCGAAGCAAGCCAACCAGAAGUCGACAUUUCUAGGGUUUCCUCUGAUCCAGGACCUCUCUCUCACUAACUCGUCGACAAAGCACAGACGCGUCCAGUUUCUCUCUCCAAGAAAUGAGUCUAGAGAUAAGAAAGAGGGGGAAGGCAAGCAAGCAGUUUCAAUGAGCCUUGAAGAUGUGAAUCCGGUUGGGCUCGGUCGAAAAUCGAGGCAAAUAUUCGAUGAAGUGUGGCAAAAGUUCUCUGGGCUAGGCCAACUUUCGAGGACAAGGACUGAUGAUGAAUUGGCCACUGUUCUUGUAAGGGGACCAAUGUGCGAGUUCACAAUUCCUGGAGCUCAGGAUACUAUGGUGCUUGUGGUUGGAGCAACCAGUCGAAUCGGCCGAAUUUUAGUGAGGAAAUUGAUGCUUAGAGGGUAUAAGGUCAAGGCUCUGGUGAGAAAAGCUGAUGAGGACGUCAUAAAUAUGCUUCCAAGGCCAGUCGAGAUUGUUGUUGGUGAUGUGGGUGAACCUUCGACACUCAAGGGUGCAGUGGAAGGAUGCAAUAAGAUAAUCUUCUGCGCCACUGCUCGUUCUUCGAUCACUGGAGACCUUAACAGAGUCGAUUAUCAAGGAGUUUACAACAUAAGCAAAGCUUUUCAGGAUUACAACAACAGGUUAGCGCAGUUACGAGCUGGAAAGAGUAGUAAGAGCAAACUUCUGAUUGCAAAAUUUAAAAAUGCCGAGUCCUUAGAAGGAUGGGAAGUACGACAGGGAACUUAUUUUCAGGAUGUUAUGGCUUCCAAAUAUGAUGCUGGAAUGGAUGCCAAGUUUGAGUAUACAGAGGCAGGAGAUGCUGUUUUCUCUGGAUACGUGUUUACGAGAGGAGGAUACGUGGAAUUGUCAAAAAAGCUUUCUCUGCCCUUGGGUUUCACUCUAGACAGGUAUGAUGGUUUGGUUUUCUCUGUUGGUGGUAAUGGGAGAUCUUUUGCUAUAAUACUUGAAGCUGGUCCAUCUGCUGAUACUUCCCAAAGCAAGCUGUACUUUACUCGAAUGAACACAAAAAUCGGCUUUUGCAGGGUAAGGGUGCCGUUUUCUGCUUUCCGUUCCGCGAAACCAGAUGACCCACCUCUUGACCCUUUUCUCGUGCAUACUCUGACUAUACGAUUUGAACCAAGAAGACAGAGGACAGUAGAAGGGAUGACUGGAACUAACCAGGACCCUAGGAGCUUCAAUCUAAUUUUGGAGUACAUAAAGGCCUUACCAAGUGGUCAAGAAACAGACUUCAUUUUGGUUUCGUGCACAGGAUAUGGAAUAGAACCAAACAGAAGGGAGCAGGUUCUUAAAGCAAAGAAGGCUGGAGAGGAUUCAUUGAGAAGAUCAGGGCUUGGAUACACCAUUAUUCGUCCUGGCCCAUUGAAGGAAGAACCUGGAGGUCAGCGUGCCCUUAUCUUUGAUCAAGGGAACAGGAUUUCUCAGGGCAUCAGCUGUGCUGAUGUAGCAGAUAUAUGCGUAAAAGCAUUGCAUGAUUCAACUGCAAGAAACAAGAGUUUCGAUGUUUGUUAUGAAUACUUUGCAGAACCCGGAAAAGAGUUGUAUGAGCUGGUUGCUCAUCUACCUGACAAGUCAAACAAUUAUCUUACACCGGCUCUUUCAGUUCUGGAGAAGAACACUUGAAAAGCUACCCAACAAUCCAUGUAAGCACAUUAUUCUCUUUGCUAACACUGGUGGGCUUCUCUUGUAAAAAAUUAUAAUGUAUCAGCUGUUUCAUUGGUUGCUGGUCUAUUGUAAUUCAAUCAUAAGUGGUUUUUCUUUUCUCUUGUAAAUUAAUAAUAAUUUCAUUGGCUCUCUCUCUCAA